CGAAAUGCAGAAGGAGAAGCUCCUCAUCGUCAUGGGAGCCACCGGAGCCGGAAAAUCGAGACUCGCCAUGGACCUCGCCGCCCUCUUCUCCGGCGAGGUCAUCAAGUCUCCGACAAAAUGCCGGUAUACCGUGGCUUCGACGUCCUCACCAACAAGGUCACCGACGAGGAGCGCCGCAACGUCCCCCACCACCUCAUCGGGGUCGUCGACCCCACAGAGGACUUCAUUGCGAAGGACUUCUGUAGGGCCGCGACCCAGACCAUCGGGUCGAUCACCGCGAAAGGCCACCUCCCGAUCAUCGCGGGCGGGUCCAACUCGUUCGUCGAGGCCCUCAUGGACGACCCGGAGUGCCGGUUGGGGUCCACGUACGACGUCUGCUUCCUCUGGGUCGGCGUGUCGAUGCCCGUGCUCCACUCCUUCGUGCCCAGGCGGCUGGAGAAGAUGGUGGAGCAGGGGACGGUCGACGAGGCCAGGGCCGCAUUCGACGCGGAGAAUGCGGACUACUCCACCGGCAUCAGGAAGUCGAUCGGCGUCGGGGAGUUCCACCGCUACUUCCAGGCGGAGGCCACGGCGGACGCCGCCACGCAAGCCGCCUUGCUCAAAGAGGCGCUCGACGAGGUGACGGUCAAUGCGUGCGCCUUGGUGACUCGGCAGCUGGAGAAUAUAAAACGACUGCGGGACGUGCGGGGGUGGAAGUUGCACCGGGUCGAGGCCACGGAAGUUAUCCGGAUGAUGGCGGCGGGCGGCGGCGGCGGCAGCAAGGUAGAGGAAAUGUGGGUGAAUGAGGUGGUGGGUCCCAGCGCCACCAUCGUGACGAGAUUCUUACACAAUAGUUUUGCGGCGGAGUGAUGCAUGGGCGUGGCGGCGGCCGAAGCCUUUCUCCUCACUAUUAUUUUAUGUGUUUAUCAUGUGAGACAGCCAUUUUUUGGGGACGGGAGCAAAGAAGUUGAGAAGGUAAGGGAUACAAAAGUAUUAUGAAUGAUAUAAGUAUUAGAAAAUAAAUUUUUGCCCUAAGA